AUGGACCCCGCCCCGGGCCUCGCGGAGCAGCGUGGGGACGAGGAGGCCGCGAGCCCCCAGCCAGCGCCCGCGCCGUGGCAAGCCCUCCCGGUCCUGUCCGAGCAGCAGUCCCAGGACGUGGAGCUGGUGCUGGCCUACGCCGCGCCCGUCCUCGACAAGCGUCAGACCUCGCGCCUCCUCAAGGAGGUGUCGGCCGUGCACCCGCUGCCCGCCCAGCCUCACCUCAAGAGGGUGCGGCCCAGCCGCGAUGCCAGCCGCCCGCACGCACUGGAGAUACUGCUGUGCCUGGCGGGGCCGGCCCCGGGUGCACGAUCGCUGGCCGAGCUCCUCCCGCGGCCGGCCGUGGACCCUCGCGGCCUGGGGCAGCCCUUCCUGGUGCCCGUGCCCGCCCGGCCGCCCCUGACCAGAGGCCAGUUCGAGGAGGCGCGCGCCCACUGGCCCACGUCCUUCCACGAGGACAGGCAGGUGGCCCGUGCCCUGGCCGGACGGCUCUUCUCGGCGCAGGAGCAGGCGGCGAUGCAGGGCCACAUGGAGCGGGCCGUGUGGGCGGCGCAGCAGGCGGCCGCCAGGGGCCUGAGGGCCGUGGGGGCGGUGGUGGUGGACCCGUCCUCGGGCCGCGUGCUGGCCACGGGCCAUGACUGCAGCAGCGCGGCCAGCCCCCUGCUGCAUGCCACCAUGGUGUGCAUCGACCUGGUGGCCCGGGGCCAGGGGCGCGGCGCCCACGACCUCCGCCCCUACCCUGCCUGCUCCUUCGCCCCGGCCGUCGUCGGCCCCCAGGGCGUCCGCGCGGGCUCUGUGCGCAAGCUGGAGGAGGACGGGGACGCGCUCGGGGACAGCCUGCCCUACGUGUGCACCGGCUACGAUCUCUACGUGACCCGCGAGCCCUGUGCCAUGUGCGCCAUGGCCCUGGUACACUCCCGCGUGCAGCGCGUCUUCUACGGGGCGCCGUCGCCCGACGGUGCGCUGGGCACCCGCUUCCGCAUCCACGCCCGGCCGGACCUCAACCACCGCUUCCAGGUGUUCCGUGGUGUUCUGGAAGCCCAGUGCCGCCGGCUGCACCCCUUCGUGUAG